AUGGUUACCGGAGUCGAAAGUGGUGCUGAUGUCAAGGUUAUGCAAGUAGAAGGCCCUGGUACUGUAGCCAUUUCAUUAUGGGACUUGCCUUGCAGGCCGCCUACUGACCAAGUAAACAAACUUUUAGAAUUGAUUGACACCACGGGAAGCGCUGCGACAAAUGCCGUAGUGAUAUCAUCCGACACCAAUAUGUCAGACGCACCAGUAACUUCUUACGAUCAAUCGGAGAACGUAACCCUCAUUAAAGAUGAAGUAGUAUACACUAGUGGUGAACUCGUUCUGCAUGUUACCAUUGAAGACGGUUGGACGAUUUGCAAGAUGUACCUCAAUCACGACGAGGUUGGGGGCCUUUAUCAUCUUAAGUUUGACCCCUCAUGGCUUGAAUUGGAUACAGAGGGACGGUAUGAGUGUUUCGCGCGUGCUGAAAGCAACCGUUACGCUUCCUGGGCGAUGAAUCAAUUUCAAUACACACUCUCUUGCAAACGCAGGAACGGGAGAGGGCGCCUGGUUCCUAAAUAUCAACAAUAUUACUCCCUUUCGUUAUCCAUGGUGGUUCAGCCCUGUCAUGCAAUGCAAUCCGCCGGUUCUGGAUAUGACGACGAACCACGUUGGAUGAUCUGUGAGCGCGUGACUGACCGCGGUCACGCGUAUGUGCACGAGGGAAACUUCCACAAUAAACCGACUGAGCGUCGACCUUGGACCUCCCUAAUCCAUGCGUACAUUCACUAUGUUUAUGAUCUAAGUGCAGACCAGACUUUAAUCAGCAGGCUAGACUGCGACGAUCACGGCAAGAUCAGCAAUUUGGUAUGCUGGGACCGAAACCGUCCUCCUUACCACAGCCGUGAUGUUGUGGAAAUGCACGGCAGAGUCCAACACGCUUUUCAGAUGUUUGCUGAGCAACAUCGAUCACGUGUGAUUAGGGUGAUUCUUGCUGUGAAACAUAUCCACACGAAUAGUCAAUAUAAUAUGAACACAGGUUAUGUGGAUUUAAUUAGAUAG